AUGAGCUGGACGAGUAGCUUUUCGCAAACAUAUGUCGAUCCCCAACAUUUACAGGAGGCCGAACAACAAGUCGAUGCCUUUAUGGGCAUGUUUAAUAGAAUCAUGUCAGCUUGUCAAGAGAAAUGUAUUCCCAACAACUACCACGAGCCUGACUUGAACAAAGGAGAGCAGAAAUGCAUAGACCGUUGCGUUGGAAAAUACAUGUCGAUACAAGGCAUCCUAGGAGAGAAAAUGAAGCAUUUAGCGCCUGGAUAUACUUCAACAACAAAUAGCGAUGGAUUUUCGCCAGAUAGACAGCAAUGA